AUGAUAAUCCAUGGAAAGUACAAGUACGAGCGUGACGUCGAGGCCGAUGUUUGUCCUGUUUGGUCCUUUUUUGUGCCUCGCCCGAAUUCCGUCGUUCCACCAAAGUUCCCGCAUUUCUUUCUACGGUCCCUCCGCAAUAAGUAUAUCCUCCCCUCCAAGCUCACAAUGCUUCUUCCCCGGGCCCUUCCCAGGCGAACUGGCCUCGUCCGGCUCCCCGGCAUCCGACAAAUCACUCCUCGCCGCACGAUCAUCCCCGCCCCAGGCCCCAAUACGGGGCCACUCAUGGAGCGCCGCGCAGACCGCGAACUGCCCACCAUCAACACCAGCAAGGGCUGGCUGAAGACCCUCCCCAUCUUCGUGGUGGCCGUUGGAGCCGCCAUGCUCGGCAUUUUCAAUUACCAGAAAUCCUCGUCGAGCGUGGUCAGCAGUACCCUGUACGCACUGCGCACGUCGCCGCAGGCUCGUGAAAUUCUCGGCGACGAGAUCUACUUUGCGCAGCAGAUUCCGUGGAUUAGCGGCGAGAUGAAUCAGUUGCAUGGGCGCAUCAAUAUUUCCUUCUGGGUGAAGGGUACCAAGGGUCAGGGCAAGAUGCGCUUCAAGAGUGUUCGACCGGAUCGGAUGAGUUUCUUCCGCACAGAAGAAUGGAGCCUGGAGACCGAGGAUGGAACUGUGGUUCAGCUGCUGGAUAGCAACACCGACCCAUUCCGCCAAGAGUAA